AUGGUGCGCUGCAAGAGCGCCCGCACAAAGGAGUGCCUUGCGCAGCUCCAUGUUGUCGCCGCACCGCUGCAGGACGAGGAUGUGCUGGAGUUGGACGUCGCCGCCCUCUGCGAGGAGAUCGCCCGAAAAAUGCGUCUUCUGGGCGGGCUGGCAGUGGAGGCGCCUGUGGAAGGGCUUCCGCUCGUUGAUGUGCGGCGCCGUGGUGCGGCGGUGUACGACGUGGCAGUGCGCCUCGUGCAGGCGUCGCCACUGGCAGUGGCGGCGUUGCGAGCGGCAUGUGCUGCCAUCGUGGAGGGGCCGUUGAUGGCGGUGGGUGGGCGGAAGGGUACGAAGCACCAACAGCAGCAGCAGCAGCAAGCAGAAAGUGCGGCCAUCGUGGUGCGGGUCGUUAAGUUGACGACAGCAACGUGA